AUGCAUCGUCGACUCAUGCUGGUCGUGCUUGGGUUAUUGCAGUAUUCAGGAGCCCUGAUAGCCUCGGACCCGGCUCCUCUUGCACUACACCAACAAGUUCCACGGUGUCAAGAAGAGAGAGUAGCGGUGAUCACAAAACGCUCUAUAUUGCGUCUUGCUAGGGACUUGAUCACUAUCACGGUUACGUCGACAUCGACAGAUACGACUGACUGUACCUGUACAGAAACGUCUUCCACGGCGUUUGUCAGUACCGAUGUGAGUAUUACAUCAGCCUCCUGGCUGCCAACCUCCUCACCCUCCGCUAUGGCGACAACAACAAGCACAAUCGAGCCAAUAACCACUGAACCCGCUACAAAUUUGAAUCCCGUCACCUCGGUACCACCUAGCGUGAUCACUGCCGAUAGACCGACAACAGUGAUAGACUGGAAAAGCACGACAGCUACAAGCAUCGUCACGGUCGAAUCAGUGGUCACAGAAGCCGGCACGAAUGCGAAAACCGUCAUCUCGGUGGUACCCAGCGUAGUCACCGCCGAAAGAUCAACAACGGUGACGGACUGGAGAAACACGCUACUUGGCAGCAGCGUCGCAGUGGCGGAUGUAUCGUCAGCCUCCUCCGAUCUAGGCGCUGUACUCCUAGAUUCUGCUUCAACGUUCCUACCUGCUGAAACCCUUCCGAGAGCAGAAAGCACAGAUUCAAGAGUCAGCACUCUAGCUAUCCCGAGUGGAGACUCGUCUCCUAAGAGCUUCACUACAGUAACCGUUAAUCACUACAGCAAUGAAGUCCAGGCUGUGACCAGAAGCGUCUAUGAGACACCUGAUGUGACUUUGUCCCUAGAAGACAGCCCUACAGCAUUAAGUACAAACGCGGAGGUUCCAGCAGAUAAGGAGAUCGGAGACAAGCCAGACUAUACAACCGUCUUCACCAAUGAUAAUCGAAAGACCGGGAGUCAGCUCGAGACUCAAAGCCUUAUCAAUGCUGACACAAGCACCUGGUCGAGUCUCGGGGGGGUGGGGGACCCACCGCCCACGAUGGCCACGGAUCCGUCUCAGGAAGCAAUGUCGGGGGCCCCAAAGACACAGAUAUCGGCGACCACGGCCUGGACGGAAACACCAGUCACCCCAUCCGGUGAACUUUCUUUGCUAGCAGGUAGCCCUAGCAAAGUGACAGAGGCGGCUGUGGUCGGAAAUUCGGCGUUGCCGACCACUUCCCUAUCAGGGCCUUCGCUCUCGAUCUGCCCAAGCAGAAUUAUCAACCCAACCUUCACGCCUUUGGCACCCCUCCCGAAAAACUAUACCUGGGGGUGUCCGCCUAGUCUUCUCUGCAACCCAUCCAAACAACCAGCGGACGGAGAAUGCAAUUUUGAGGCUGGGCCGCCCGCAGACACGUACUACUGUCGACCGGAAGAGUGCAUACGAAGCCCCACGCUGACUCUUCCUGUACUCUCGGGCCCACCCGCGUCAUACGAGCGGACAGAACACUACAACGUCACCCGCGGCUAUUUCAACCUGAACCCCACCGAAUUCGGUCUGGGCUAUGAUAUAUUCGAUAUGAACGACGCGGCCGGGGGGUGGAGGCGAGACUGGUCAAUCAAAAUACCAGGAAAAUGCUAUGUCGGGUGCAACAAUGCAAUGCUCGAAGCCGAGUCGAGCGGCAAGACCGACGAUCUUUGCAACUCGGACUCGGCCUUUUUGACUCUGGUUCGUGCCUGUCGAGCCUGCGUGGAUUCAGUCCCUGUAGCCCGAUCGUGGAAUGAAGCGCUUCCCGAGUUCCAACAAUUCCUUUUUUACUGCGAAGACACUGCCCAUCCCACUUCGGCGAGUCAGUCCCUCCCCGUCGCCGGGUACAGUUCCGCCAGCCGUCCUAUAAGACCGUUCACCAAGGCAGCCACCACCACGCCGGUUGUCUUUGGCGCCUCCAGAGGGCCGAUCGCGAACACUCAAUACGAUACACAUCGCACGGCAUCGGUCUCUGUGGACCGCACAAAAUCCACCUCCCCCACACCCCCGCUCUCGACACCCACCGAUCACACAUACACGGGCGCCGCAUCUAUUUUCUGCCCGCCCUUACUUUUGGUAAUUGCCCCUUUUGUCCUAUCUACGAUAUGA